AUGGCCGUCAAAGGAUUGGGUCAACCUGACCAAAAGUACAAUGGCUCCGGCCUCAAAGUGGGCAUCGUCCAUGCCAGAUGGAACAGACAAGUCAUCGAUGCGCUUGUCAAAGGUGCAAUUGAUAAGAUGCUAAGCUUGGGCGUGAAAGAAGAAGAUAUCCAUGUUGAAACCGUUCCCGGCUCGUUCGAGCUCCCUUUUGCCGCUAAAAAGUUGAGCGAAAAAUACCACUUUGACGUUGUCAUCCCCAUCGGUGUCCUCAUUAAAGGAAGCACUAUGCAUUUCGAGUACAUUUCAGACGCAACAACCCAGGCGUUGAUGCGUUUGCAGGAGUCCAUAAACAUCCCGGUAAUCUUUGGUCUGCUAACCUGUUUGACUGAAGAACAGGCAUUGGCAAGAGCCGGCCUAGACGAGGCCAAAUCCAUGCACAACCACGGUGAAGACUGGGGUGCAGCAGCCGUGGAAAUGGCCUCAAAGUUUUGA